AGUUUCCAGUGGAGGAGGUGGGAGUCUCCGCGAUUCCCGUCCGUGGACCGGCAUACAGUAGAUUAAAAAUGUGCUAGCAAAUAGCAAAUACAGAAUAUCGAGAAGUGCUAGUCAUUCCAGAUAGUGCUUGAGGGUACUAGACCAAGGGAAUUUAAGUGUUGACAAUGUUUCUAACGCGGGUACCACUAGUAUUGGCGCUGCUGCCCUGCGUGGUAUGGGCACAGCUGGGCACGUUGGCUGAGAACUCCACCUUGGGAAGCUGCGAGUGUUCUCCGGCAUGCGAGGACACCGUGGGCGCCGGUGGGUGCCGCGGGCGUUUAGUGGCGCGGGCGGACUGUCCGUGCUGCAAAGUGUGUGCCCAGCAUGAGGGCAAAGCCUGCGCGGAGCCGACGCUGCCCUGCGACGCUGAGUUCGGCCUCUACUGCUCUCCUGAAGGCGUUUGUAAAGCCGAGUUCCCGUGCGUGUCCGAUGGCGAGUGUCCCCAGGAUAGGUUCUGCCUGGGAGGCGUGUGCGUGGACCCCUGCCCUAUCCUCACGCCCUGCCUUGGGGUGCUCAAGGGGGGGCAAUGCGUCUCCAAGGAGCACCGACCCGUGUGCGAGUGUCCGGAGGGAACCAUCGCCAACUCCGCCGACGACGUUUGCAUCAGCGUCAAUGACACCAAGACAGGCUGUGAGCACGACGGCCGCUUGUACGCCGUGGGGGAGACCCGCUACCUCGGCAAGUGCGAGGAGCAGUGCCGCUGCGGCGCGGACGGUAAGUUCAGCUGCGGACCCGUCGCGUGCGCGCCUGGGCUCUUCCCCGCGGGCCAGCACUCCCAGGAGGAGCUCUGCAUCGAACUCAGGAACCGCCCCGAUACCGACGAGUGCUGCGUGGUGGUGGCGUGCGUGAACAGCCUGACGAGGCCGUCCCUGCUCACGUCGCCCGCCAGCAGCCCGCUGACGCUCGCCACGGAGGAGGAGCAGCCGCUUGCCCAGGCCGUCCGCGCGCUCUCGGGGCGCACGGCCGGGGGCGACGACCUUGCGGAACCCAUCACCGAGGAAGAGUACCAGAGGAGACUCAAGGACCUCGAGCACGAGCUCAACAAGAACAGCAAGAAGAAAGCGCCUUUCGAGAAACCGACGGAGAAACCAGCGGUCGAAGAACUUACCAGUCCCUCAUCAGUUGAUUCUCUCAAUGCCACCGCCGCCGAUGGUGUCGAAUCCGGCGUCGACGUAACGGAAGAACUCCCGCAGGACGACGAAUCCGUCGUCGACGUAACGGAAGAGAUCCCUCAGGACGACGAAUCCCUCGCCGAAGUCACAACCACGAUCCCCCAGACGCCCGACGAGAAGGGGGAGCCGGCCGUCAUCGUCGAGAUCGACCACCACGGCGAGGAGAUUCACCGCAUCACAGUGCAGGAGGCCGUCGAUGUCGUCACCGUGGCCGCCGCGGAGGAAGAGGCCACGACGAUGACGCCGACGCAGGACGAAGGAGCUGCGCCAGAGGAGUCUGUGGGAGAAGAGACAGUUAGCUCGAUAGUGCCAGCAAAAGAGGAGGAGGCGGUGACGUCAGCCGUGCUCGCCGAAGGGGAAGACGCUCCCACACCGGCGGUGUCUGUCGAAGAGGGAACUACAACGGAGAUGUCUGUCGUGGAGAUGCCGGCUGAUAAGAAGGAAGAUGCAACGCAUAUGAAUGAGGAAUCAACACCCGCUGAUAAAGAUGAAGAAACAACGUCAGCUGAUAGAAAGGAAGAAGGAACACCUGUAGAGGAAGAGGAAGUGAGCGCUUCACCAGCAGCGACGGCGGAAGAGGAGGAAGGCCUCACGACGGAAGCUGCAGAGGAAGUCGCGACGACCACUGCAGCUCCAGCAGAAGGCGAGGAAGUCCCCGUGUCCUUCAGGGAAGCCAAAAAAGCUCCAGAAGAGACGAAUAUUACGGAGACCGUCGCUGAGGAACCAAUCAGGCCCAAGGAGAAGGACCCUCUGGCCAAGGGCAGCGUGGGCGGUCUCAAGGUAAUUGCCACCACCCACAACUCCUCGACUGUGCUUCUUCCGUCGACCAAGGGCGGCGAGAUCUACUACAAGCCCCAUGACAGCGAGGACUGGCAGCGCAUGACCGUGCAGGCUGGCGAGGACUCCCUGGCACUCAAGGGCCUCGUCCCCGGCACUCAUUACAACGUCAAGUGGUCCGGCGUCUCAGGGGGGUCGGCCAAGGAGUCCCUCGACACUCUGGAGGGGUGCCAAGCGGAGAACGCGAGCUACGGCGUGGGCCAGGAAUGGACUGAAGGGUGCCAGAAGAAGUGCUCCUGCUCUCCAGGGGGCGUGGCCAAGUGCGAGCCCAGGUGUCGCUUCGUGGCGGGACAAGGGGACCCCUCUUGCACGGAGAUCCCCGACGCCGAGGACCCUGAGUGUUGCGUCAUCUGCAAAGGAACAGACCCCGAGCGCAAGGAGGGCAGCUGCACCUUCAAGAACACCACCUACAGGCCAGGCGAUGUGUUCUAUGACGAGUGUGACCUCCGCUGCACUUGCAACAACAACAAUGAAAUUGAGUGCAAGCCGCGAUGCGAAUUCUCCCAAGAGGACGGUUCGGAAACGGAGCCCGGAUGUGAAUACCUCUCAGACCCCAAAGACUCGUGUUGCAAGUUGCGCGUCUGCAAUUCUACUUCCGAUGCUGCCCCUUCCUUGCAGCAGGAGAGCGCCGUGUCGACCUCCCUAACGAGCCAGAAGGCCGCGGGGAUGCCCAAGUUGCUGGUCACUUCCAAGACCCACAGCUCAGUGACUCUUGCGUGGGACGAUUUCAGGGCCAGGGCAGUAGAGGAAGGCUACGUGGCAGAGUAUCGCGAAGUGGAGGGAGUAACGGCGAGCGAGGAACAGCCGUGGAUGAAGAAGAUAGUGCCCGUGGGUGCCACUCCUCCCAGCCUCACUUCCGUCACUAUCGAAGACCUCAAGCCGAAUACUAUGUACCAGGUGCGAGUGUCCAUCUAUGAUGAGGUAGAAAACGGGCGCCUGGCUGACACCACCGAGACCCUCACUGUUAGAACUGAAUCUGGCUGUGUCUACGGCAACUCGUCUCAUCCUCUGGGAGAAUUCUUCAUUGGCUGCGAGGAACGAUGCACUUGCCACGCGUCCGGCGAUGUGAGGUGCUUCCAGCGGUGCACUUUGCCCUAUUUCAAAAAAGGGGAGUUCAGCGGAGACGCCCUGUGCCGAGAACAGACAGCCGAGCGGGACAGUUGUUGCGUCAUCGUUCGCUGUGCUACGAACACCUCCAACGUCGCUCUCACCAAUCUGCCCUAUGAGCCAUGCACCAACAUGGUCUGCGGACCCAAUGCUGAAUGCGAGGCCGACUCCAUGACCUCGGAUGACCCUGCAGCAGGAGGCAGCAACCUCUCCUUCGCUAAAUGUCGCUGUCUCCCGGGCUACGUCGGCGAUGCCUCGGACCUGGAUAUUGGAUGUGUGCUAGACCCGGAGCGCAAGGAGGGCAGCUGCACCUUCAAGAACACCACCUACAGGCCAGGCGAUGUGUUCUAUGACGAGUGUGACUACCGCUGCUCUUGCAACAACAACAAUGAAAUUGAGUGCGAGCCACGAUGCGAAUUCCCCCACGAGGAUGGAUCGGAAACGGAACCCGGAUGUGAAUACCUCCCAGACCCCAAAGACUCGUGUUGCAAGUUGCGCGUCUGCAAUUCCACUUCUGAAGCGGCCACCGAUGCUGCACGGGCUCCUUCCUUGCCGUCCAAUGGUUGCACGGAAGGCAACAUCACUUAUGCUAUGAAUGAGAGGUACUAUAAUGGCUGUGAGACGCAGUGCACAUGCAUGGGCUUCGGUGAUAUCUCCUGCGUGCCAAGAUGUCCACCACUCAAGGUCGUGUCCGAGACCCCCAAGAGGUGCGAGACUCUGCCAGACCCCCUGGACCCCUGCUGCUCCAUCACCGUGUGCGACGAUGAGACCCCGGAUGUCAUGAAGGCCAAUCUCACAGAUGAAGAGCGAAAAAUGCUGAUGGAGAACAUGACCGGCAUUGAAAAGGUGAUGACGAUGAAAGAAAUGAUGAAGAACAUGACAGAAGUAGACAAGGAAAUCAUGAUCAAUAACAUGACAGUUGAAGAGAGGGAAAUGCUGGUCAACAUGACAACAGCCGAAAGGAAAAUGAUGAACAAGACAAUGUCAGAGACAGAGAAGGACAUGGUGAUGCAGAACAUUAUGGACCUGGAAAGAGACAUGAUGGAGAAGAACAUGACAGAGGUAGAGAUGGAAAUGAUGAUGAAGAACAAGACAGCCAUGGGGAAGAAUGCCCACAAUCACAGUCACGUGCAUGAGGAUGGAACUCAUUCUCAUUCUCAUGACCACGAAACGGACGGUGCUCAUGCGGGACAUGCACACUUCCACACUCAUGAGGAUGGAACAAACCACAGCCACGCCCAUGGAAAUAUGGAACACGCACCCGAUGGAGGAAUCGGAUGGCAUGUUCAUGAGGAUGGUACGAACCACAGCCAUGCACAUGAGAGCUCAGCACACACGCAUGGCGGUGAUUGGCAUGUUCAUGAAGAUGGCACCAAUCACAGUCACCCACAUGGCAAUAUGAAACACACUCACGAAGGAGAAGACAUAUGGCACGUUCAUGAAGAUGGCACCAACCACAGUCACCCACUUGGCGAUAAACCACACAGCCAUACCUCAGACGGAGAAAUCGUAUGGCAUACGGAGGAGGAAAAGAACAUGGGACACAGCCAUGAAGGAAUUGGAUGGCAUGUUCAUGAGGAUGGUACGAACCACAGCCAUGUACAUGGCAACAUGGAUCACACUCAUGAAAAUGGAACGUGGCACGUUCAUGAAGAUGGAACAAAUCACAGUCAUGCACAUGGCAACAUGAAACAUACUCAUGAAGAUGUAUGGCACGUCCAUGAAGAUGGCACCAACCACAGUCACCCACAUGGCGAUAAGCCACAUAGCCACACUGAUGAUGGAGAAAUCAUAUGGCAUACUCAGGAAAAUGACACCAUGGACCACAUCCAUGGAACAAAUGAUUGGCAUGUCCAUGAGGACGGCACCAAUCACAGUCAUGACAGUAUGCCACACACCCAUGGAGAAGAUGAAUGGCAUGUUCAUGAGGAUGGAACAAAUCACAGUCAUGCACAUGGCAGUAUGCCACACACCCAUGGAAAAGAUGAAUGGCAUGUUCAUGAGGAUGGAACAAAUCACAGUCAUGCACAUGGCAGUAUGCCACACACCCAUGGAAAAGAUGAAUGGCAUGUCCAUGAGGACGGCACCAAUCACAGUCAUGCACAUGACAGCAUGGGACACAGUCAUGAUGAAGAUGUAUGGCACGUUCAUGAAGAUGGCACCAACCACAGUCACCCACAUGGCGAUAAACCACAUAGCCAUGCCGGUGAUGGAGGAAUCAUAUGGCAUAGUGAAGACGAAAACAAUAUGGCACAUACCCAUGGAGAAAAUGAUUGGCAUGUCCAUAAGGACGGCACCAACCACAGUCAUGUACAUGACAACAUGGGACACACUCAUGAUGAAGAUGUAUGGCACGUUCAUGAAGAUGGUACCAACCACAGUCAUCCACAUGGCGAUAAGCCGCAUAGUCACACCGCUGAUGGAGAAAUUGUAUGGCACACUGAGGAAGAUGACAUUAUGACACACACCCACCUCGGCGUUCUAGAGAAGAAGAGCAGAGCAAAUGACGAAGGCAGCGACGAUUUGAGUAUCCUGAAUGUGACAGCCAUCAACGCCACCGCCGCAGAGAUCCACCUAGCUGUAUCCGAUGCCAUGCUCGAGGCUUGGACCAGGAAUCCUUUCCUGAUCGUCCUGUACAGCCCCGACUCCUUCACUUGGUCCAAGAAGAACAUUUCCUCCGAGAGCAUCAGGGUACAAAACCCCAGAGAGAUGUAUGUGACAGUCGGGGAGCUGCAGCCAUCCACAGCCUACCAGUUCCGCGUCCAGUUCUACGACACCACCAGUUCCACGGCCAAGGUGCAGCUGCUGGACGGCCCUGCUGAUCUGGGCGUGGACAUCGACGUCAGCAACAUGUGCGAGUACGAAGGCCACUACUACAAGCGAGGAGAGAACUUCUACCAGGGAUGCCGGCAGUCGUGCAUGUGCUCCGAGAACCUGGAGGUGUACUGCGCCAACAUCGAGUGCCCGGUGUCCUCCGGGCUGGACAUCAUCGACCCCAACUGCCUCGAGUGGGACAUCGAUCCGGACUUCGUGCUGACGCCGCCCAACUGCUGCCAGCCCCUCAAGUGCGUGUCGUCGGCGGCCUGCGAGUACAUGGGGCAGACCUUCAACAACCACGACAUAAUCCCGCGCGAGAUCACCGGCUGCUCCCAACAGUGCACCUGCAACUACGGCGAGGUGUCCUGCCAUGAACUGUGUCCGCCGAUGCCCGAGACCCCCCCGCCCGAGCUGCAAUGCCCCCCUGAGAAGGCCGUUCCGAUGACUCAGCCCGGGGAAACCUGUUGCAGGUCGUGGCAGUGCGCCGCCCACACUGUUGCAGACUUUGAGUUUUUGGCCACAACGGAGGUGGUAGAGACGACGCAGUAUGCAGGGUCCUCUCAAGAAAACGGCAUUGCGGAGCCCGUUGUCCAGCCCCUGGACGCACGAACAGCCCAGGUCUCCUUCAACACGCCGCCAGUCUACAAGGGACUGCCCGGAGAGCUUCUUGUUCGAUUCACCAGUGAUCCCGUAGCUAACUCAGACCCAGCCACAUGGAAGAAAGAGAUCCUGGUACCUAUGGGAACGAUCAUCAACCACUCGCAGUGGAACCACGUCAUGACCAGCCUGGAACCUGGCACCUCUUAUGCCAUGCAGGUUGUGUUGAGCGUCCAAGGGGCCCAGCCUGUCACUUCCCCGAUGUUUACGUACAUUACAAUGGCUGAAGCUACCACGCCGUCUACCACAACACCCUUACCCCGUCUGGAAGUAAACGCUGAUCUGUAUGCAGUGGAGAUUGCAAAGACGACUGCCAAGAUAUCGUGGAGACGCUUCAAUGAGUACGAAUUGCAGUACAUCGAUGGCGUGCAAGUCAAAUAUUCUGAGAAGGAUAAACUGAUCCCCAUCGUUAGCUCACUGCUCCACCACGACAGCAACCAGAUGGAAUUACGUGACCUACAGCCAGGCACUGAAUACAUUGUCGAUCUGGUGUUGUUCCCUCACGAGAAUCAGUCUACAGAGAUCUCCAACACUAAACCCAUUAACUUUAGGACACUGCCUGAAGAAGAUCCAUAUGAAUUUGAGAUCGAGGUUCACGCCGGCAAGGUUUCAUCCCAGACGGCCGAACUGUACUACUCGGGCGUGCCAGACCCGGAGGAGAAAUACGUCAAUGUGUUCAGAGCAGUGUACGUGCGCGAGGACGAGCGAGUCGACGCCCAGACCUUCAAGAUUCCCAAGACGGGUCAGGAGAAGAAGAUCUUCCUCGGCGACCUGAAGCCUGACGUCGAGUACAAUGUGUGGUUGGAGGCUUACCUUUCCAACGGCCGGAAGAAGAAGAGCAACGUGAUCCCCAUUACCACCAAGGCCGGCGAACUCCCCAAGCCGGAGAAGAGUGAAGUUGACCCCUCGACGCAGGCCGACGGGGAGAAGGACGGGUACUACGCCGCCCUGGUCGCCGUGGCCAUCAUCGCUGCCAUCGCCUGCGUGGGCUUCCUCGGCCUGCUGGUGAUCCUCCUGAGGAAGCAGAGCCAUGCCAAGGCCCACAUCAACUCCUCGAGAAACAACGCCGCGUAUGACAACCCGUCAUACAAGGUAGGGGACAAUACAUACGACAUGGAAAUGAACGGCAUAAAGGGCAGCGGGAACGGAGCCACACACAUGGACGAACCGUAGGCUUUUGCUCACGACCAGGUGCUAAACCUUGCAUCUUUUAACUCCUUUUUUUUUCUUUUUGUGUAUGUGUUUUUUUUUUUAGCUACUUUUAUUUCCUGAUUUUUUGUUAGAUAUGUCUUUUUUAUAUAUGUGGAAAGUUACGGCAUUUCGAAGGCAAGGUCUUUGAAGGAUGCCCAGUAUCCCAGUGAUAGUGUAUAAAUCUUCGAUCACUGUUACACGUGUAAAUAAUUGUUUGGAGGAAAACCUUGUGGCUCUACAAACCGAGUGCUGAUAUAUCACCUGGGAGACAGCUAAAAAGAAAUCGUAAAUAUAAAAUGGUCUUGUUUUGUCUGAUUUGAUGAUGGUUUUAGGAAUAAAAUGUAUUUUCUUCAGGUGAUUGAUCAGCUGGAUAUAGUAGUUGCCAGUUUAGGUUUUAGUGUAACAUAAAGUGCACCAGCCAUUGCUUUUUUUCCCCAGAAACAUUUUCUUCUUAUUCUGUCUCUUGUUUGUUCAUGGUAUUGUAAUGAUAAAUAAUUGCUUAAUACUAACUUCUGCUUCUCUCCGUUGGAUUUUUUCUAUUUAUACUGUAGGUAUUUAUAUUUCCCUCAGAGAUGGAACAUAACACAGAGUACUGGUGCUUUGUGAAUAAUUAGGUUGUGCCUUUUUUAACAAAAAAAAAUACUGUACUUAAUUGUGCCAUUAUUGUACACUAUCACUUAAGAAAAUUGUACAAUGAGACACCUGUUAUCCUCUAUGGACUUAACUACGAUAUUGUUUUCUCUCUUUUUCACUAAAAAUGUUAGUUUUUCAUCAAAACUCACGAGGAGUAGGAUGUAAAUUCCCAGUUGUUUACAUUGCAAAGUAUUUUUCUCUAAUGCAGAACCAUUCGGUAUGUGUCUUUCCUACGCUCAUGAAUUUUGGGGGGAAAAUUUAAACAACCUUUGGAGAGAUUUUGGCAAUAUAUUAAAACUUCAUAUUAGGUAACAGACAAGAGGUCCACAGGAAUAAAAUGUGUGAUGCUGGACUCCUUUACUCAACCAAGUCUCAUGUACUUAGACUUAUAAAGCUUGCCAAGAGUGUUCCUUCUUAUGCCUGAGUGUUUUGUUUACUGAAGACGUUUCAGUGCAAAAGGAUAUUCUUUUAUUACUGCAGUAUGUAAAGAGAGGCUUUGAAAAAUAUGCAUGAACUAUACAUUAACUUUGCUUAAAUUUUUUUUUUAAAGAUAUCCCAAGGUGAAUGAAAUGCUUAAGUUGGCAUAGAAGGGAUUUAUAAAUGUGACUUAGUGAUGUUUAUGAAUAUAGAUACACUUGGCAUUCCUUUACAAGUUUGGUACUAAUUUUCUACCUGCAAUGAGAAGUCCUACUUUGAUAUAUGUGAUAAGAAUUGUGUAAAAUUGCCUAAUAUAGAGUAAGUUUUUUUAAUGAUGAUGAUCAUAAUAUUCAAGUAAUAUAGAGUAAUUGCCGUGAACUGUAUUUGUAUUUUUGUACGUUGAUACACAGAUUAAAGUUACGAAGAAAAUAGAAAAUAUGUUCAUGUGUAAUACUGAAAAGAAAUAUCAGUAUUACAUUUGAAAACACCACUAAAGUGCUCUUUUAGGAUGCUGUUAAAGAAAGUCAAUAUUUUUUGUUAUUUUUAUAUUACAAAUGCAUAAUGUAUCAGUACAUCAUAUAAACGAAUUUAAAGUUUAAAUCAUGAUAAGAAAAUAUAUGAAAAUUCAAGGGUUUUAUGUACAGUUAUAGCAAUAAAUUAUUUUUAUUACCUCGAAUGAUGUACUGCUCCUGUUUUAACUACGAUUUGUGUUGAUGUAAUUUUCAUUCAGUUAUGUAAUUACUGAUUGUUUGUCUGUUAAAAGAUAAAUUCAGGUUGAUACGUUAACAUGGGUGCAGCCUCUGUGUACAGAUUUAAGUGUAAAAAACCUGUGCUUGUAUGCACAUUAAAUUACUUUUAAGAUA